AUGAAAAUAAUAAAGGAGACCUUAAUUGCACAAAUACCUUGGGCUAACUUCGUUGCCACUUUAAGUUAGAGAGAGGAAUACUUUUUCUCCGAUCUCAUCUCAUUUGCAUUAGCACCCAUGUCAACAGCAGCUCCGAUUCAAUAAACUUAUCAAAUGUUCAUGCCUAAUAAAAUCAAAAAGGGAAGAGACUUCAAAAUCAAUCAUGAUCUUGCAAAUAAAAAGGAGUCAAACUCAUAGUCAGCAGUUUAGCUACAGUAAAUGAUCAAAAAUAUAAUGCCUUAAUCAGUCCAAAAUGCUCAAAGACAAGUUUCACAUUAUCAGGAUUAGAAAUAAUUCAUAUAUCCAGAUGAAAUUUAUACAGAUCCAGAUAUCUUUCAAACUAAGGAUGAAACUGACUAGUAUGAAGAUAGUCUCGGAGGUAGAGGCUUCUAAAUCUAGUCUCUAAAAAACAAAUAGCCUAGUUAGACCCUAUCCUAUUUUACUCCUUUGAUUAAAUAGUAAAGUUAAUAAUCUUUGAACAACGUGGUUGAUUAAAACUCAUAUAUAUCAACGAAUCCGAUCAACUAAUUCACCACAAAUAGAAGCAUAAACAGAUUGUCUUUCUCAAAUGAAAAGCGUAGAAGCUAAAAUGAUUCCAUGAGCAGUAAAACAAAGAGGGAUGAAUUGUAUAUUGGCAAGAAGCAGGAGAUGCCUAUUCAUCAAAGCAAAUAACUUAGUAAUGUUGAGUAACUUAAAAUGGCACUGUCCCCCUUAGGCGAUUAAAAGUAAUAAUCAAGUGAUAUGGUCUAUCUGGGAGGAUUUUUACUUAAGCCUCGUACUAAGCUUGCGACCUUUCAAGAUCCUAAGAAAAAGCAAUAAGGAGAUCAUGUUCCAAACCUAGAAGAUGACAAAUAGGACAAAUUGAUAAAGGUAAAAAGCUUAGAUAAAAUUGUAAAGCAACGUAAAAAUAGACAUUUAAGGACAAUUGACGCCGAAAAUGAUCUAGACCUUGUUGCUUUUUCAAGCUUGAAUGCAAAGGAUAGGCUCAAUUAUAUUAAAACAGUGAAAUUCCUUAAGAACAUAAAUCAGGAAAGACCACCAUCAAACCCUCCUGCCAAUUUUGAGCACUCUGUCUAAGAAUCUUCAAUUAAAGGUUCACUUUCAUCGCAUAGAUUUGCUGAUCCAGCUUUAGAUAUUGAUAGCCCUCAAACUCUUUAUCCCGUACAGAAAAUUCUAAUUACCCACAAAGAUAGUUCUGUAGAUUCCAUAGAUUCUAAUGACAACUCAAGUAAAAAGAAAAGGAAAAAUAGAAAAGUACGACAAUCCCCAUUAAGAAGUAAAAAGCAUCUAUAGGCUGCUCCUCCUUUAUUAAUUUUAAACUGCGAAAAAAUUCUCCCUAAAUAAAAAACUUAGAGACAUGAGCCUCCAAAACUAAACAAUGACAUAAUGGAUUAACUAGAUUAAAAUGAUACUCCAUCAAAUGAUAGUUCAUUCCAUAUUCCUUAAUGGAAUGAGACUCCAAUGCUUUCUGACAGAACAAUAUAAAUAAUGCAAUAAAUACACAAGUAAAAAUAUGGACCAUCUAAUCAUAAUAGAUUAAAUCACCUACAAUAUACCCCGAUGAAUUAGCCUAGCAUUUAAAUGCUUCCUUAAUAUAGUCAAGGAUCUGCCAGUAAUAACAUCAAUGCCUAUGUACAUACAAAUGAAGAAUUUACCAGAAGGAAAAAGUCCAAAAAGAAGGAAAAAGACAAUCAGCCAAAGAUGGAAUUAGAAAAAUUGACUCCUUGGUGA